AUGAUAAAACUAGUUGCCUUCGACCUUGACGGCACUCUCGCUGAGAGCAAACAACCCAUCAAGCCCGACAUGGGCGAAGCUCUAUCCAGCCUCUUAUCCGUCGCAGACGUCGCGAUUAUCUCUGGCGGCGACUGGCCACAAUUCCACAAACAAGUCGCUAGCCGCCUGCCUGCUUCUGCAGACCUCUCAAGACUUUGGCUCAUGCCGACCACCGGUACAAAACUUUACACACACCACGAGGGAGCAUGGCAAGUCGAUUAUGCCGAACUCUUCUCUGAGCAAGAGAGAGCAAACAUUAUCAAAGCUUUUGAACUCUCGCUAGCCGCUACAGGAUUUACACCCGAGCAGACAUGGGGAGAGCGUAUUGAGGAUCGAGGCAGUCAAAUCACCUUUUCUGCAUUGGGUCAACAGGCACCAGUCAGUGCAAAGGAGAUCUGGGAUCCCAAUUUCGUCAAACGCAAGGUCAUUCAAGCAGACUUGCGCACACGUCUACCAGGACUUUCCAUCAACAUGGGCGGAGCAACUUCCAUCGACAUCACCAGAGAAGGCGUGGAUAAAGGCUAUGGCUUGAAGAAGCUGCGUGAUGCGAGCGGAAUUCCUUUGGAGCAGAUGAUGUUUAUCGGGGAUGCGAUAUUUCCCGGAGGCAAUGAUUAUCCAGCCAAGGAGAUUGGUCUGGAGACUGCAAGAGUUAAGGAUCCUGACGGUACGCUCGCUGCUAUUGCUGCUAUUGUGGCUUGUCUCAGAUAG